AUGCUCAUCCACGCUCCCUACGGCGGCAAAGACGCCCGCCUAGGCACAUGGCGCGCUCUGGUCGAAGCCCAGAAAGCGGGUAAGAUCCGCUCGCUCGGCGUGUCCAACUUCGCUAUCCCGCAUCUCGAGGAAUUGGAGGAGUAUAUUAAGAGCGGCGGUGGUGGGGAGAUCUCUGUCGGCCAGUAUGAGAUCCAUCCCUGGUGCCCGCGCGAGGAUGUGGCCGAGUGGCUGCGCAGUCGGGGCGUUGUUGUGGAGGCGUAUUCGCCGCUUGUGCAGGCGACCAGGAUGGAGGAGCCUGUGCUAAAGAAGUUGGCAGAGAAGCACGCGAAGACGCCGGCGCAGGUUUUGAUUAAGUGGAGCUUGCAGAAGGGCUAUGUGCCGCUGCCCAAGUCGGUGACUGACUCGCGCAUCGUGGAGAAUGCGCAGGUCUUUGAUUUCGAGCUGUCGUCUGAGGAUAUGGAUAGUCUGAAGCUGGAUGAGUAUGCGCCUGUGUGCUGGGAUCCUGUGCGCGACUGCAAGAUCUAG